AUGGCUGAUGAAGGUUCUAUUCAAAAUUUAGAAGUUGAAUGGCGUGAUUUUUUAGUAGAAUUUCAUGCAAAUACCGAAGAGGCUAAACAACGAAUACAAAAAGUUGAUCUUUUUCCUGAUAAAAACAUCGUUUGCUUUGUUCUUUAUAAGACUUUUUCACCAGAAGAAUGUCAAUUUCUUAUUGAUUCAAUAGAAAAUAUCGGUUUCAAUAAACUUUUAUACGGAGGAAAUUAUCGAACAAAUACACGAACACAAAUAGUUCAAAAAUCGCUUGCAGAUGAAUUUUUAUUUCGUGUACAAGAUUUUCUACCAAAACAAUGGCCUGGAAAAGAUAAUACAUCAAAUUGGGAUUUAAUGAAUCUUAAUGAACAAAUAAGAAUUUGCAGAUACGAACCUGGUCAAUAUUUUGCUCCUCAUUUCGAUGGAAUCUACAAACGAUCUUAUCAAGAACAAAGUCAGUUGACAAUUAUGGCAUAUCUUAAUGAUUCAUUUACUGGUGGUCAUACAAAUUUUCUUGAUGAAACUACUAAACCACCUGCACUUACUCAUGCAUUAAAACCCGAAACUGGAAUGGUUUUAAUCUUUCAACAUGAAAUUUUUCAUGAAGGUGAAGCCGUAAUAACAGGGAAAAAGUAUAUUAUGCGUAGUGAUGUUGUAUAUAAACGAUUGUUAAGUGGACCAAUGUCCAAAGAAGAACAAGAAGCAAGAGAUUUACUUGCGGCAGCUGAACGUCAUGAAGAUCAAUCAAAUCAUGAAGAAGCUACGAAAUGUUAUCGAAAAGCAUUUAAAUUAUGGCCAGCUUUAGAAAAAGAAUAA